CUUUCAACCCCUAAUCCAUUCACUACGCCCACUCUAGAGAACCAAUCACACACCAAUCGCACGCAAUGGCCUGCUCCUCCUACGUCGCGUCGAGCGCUCGCGCGCGCGCGCGGCAACUGUUUCGCGAUCGACGCGCCAUCUUUGGCGCGGGCGUGCAAGCGGCGGCGGCGGCGGCGGCGGCGGCGGCGCGUGGGGACGGUCGAUAGCUGGGGCGGGCGGGCGCGCGGGCCGGCCGGCCGUUGGGCUGGGACGGCCGGGCGCGGAGCAGGCGAGGCGAGGCGAGGUGGCGCGUCGCCGGCGGACGAGCGUGCCAGCAGCGGCCCAGCGACGACGGCGCUCGGCCCCGGCUACGGCUUCGUCAACUACGCCCUGGAACUGCUCGUGCUCAAGACGUUCGGCGAGGAGACAUGGGAGCAGAUAAAGAAAAGUGCCGAUGUAAAUAUGGAGGGCCAAUUUUUGGUGCGCCAAAUUUACGAAGACGAAAUAACAUACAAUCUUAUCAACUCUGCCGUCAAUGUUUUAAAGAUUCCCGCCAAUACCAUACUAGAACUCUUUGGGAAAAUGUUUUUUGAAUUUUGCCAAGAUUCUGGAUAUGACAAAAUAUUACAAGUUCUCGGAGCAACACCAAGGGAUUUCCUGCAGAACCUGGACGCCCUGCACGACCACCUGGGCACGCUGUACCCCGGCAUGCGAGCGCCCUCCUUCCGCUGCACCGAGCGGCCGGACGACGGCGCGCUCGUGCUGCACUACUACUCCGACCGCCCGGGCCUCGAGCACAUCACGGUGGCGAGCAAGCUGCACGGCACCGAGGUGGAGGUGGAGAUCCUGCGCACCAAGGCCGAGUGCGACCACGUGCAGUUCCUCAUCACGGAGCGCGCGGGCCCCGCCAAGCAGCCCGUGCCGCAGUACGACGAGAUCGAGACCCUCUCGCUCGAACCGAAGGUGAGCCCGGCCACAUUCUGCCGAGUGUUCCCCUUCCAUCUGAUGUUCGACCGGGACUUGGCGGUGGUGCAGGCGGGCACCACGGUGGCUCGGGUGCUGCCUGCAGUCACCACGCAGGGCUGCCGCAUCACCGACGUUCUCGACAUGGUGCGGCCUCAUCUGGACCUUACGUUCGACAACAUUCUGUCACACAUCAACACAGUGUACGUCCUCAAGACCAAACCGGGGGCUAUGCACGUGACUGCAGACGUGACUGCAGAAUACAGCUCCCUGCGACUCAAGGGUCAAAUGCUUUACAUUCCUGAAUCAGACCUCAUGAUCUUCCUCUGCUAUCCUAGUGUUGUCAACUUAGACGAUCUUACACGGCGCGGACUGUUCAUCAGCGACAUCCCGCUGCACGACGCCACGCGGGAUCUGGUGCUCAUGUCCGAGCAGUUCGAGGCGGACUACAAGCUCACCCGCAACCUGGAGGUGCUGACGGACCGCUUGCAGCAGACCUACCGCGAGCUGGAGAGCGAGAAGCAGAAGACCGAUAGGCUGCUGUACUCGGUGCUGCCGGUGAGCGUGGCCAACGAGCUGCGCCACCGCCGCCCGGUGCCCGCGCGCCGCUACCCCUGCGUCACGCUGCUCUUCUCGGGCAUCGUGGGCUUCGGCGCGCUCUGCGCCGCCAACACCGACCCGCUGGGCGUCAUGAAGAUCGUGUGCAUGCUCAACGAGCUCUACACCGCCUUCGACGUGCUCACCGACCCGCGCAAGAACCCCAACGUCUACAAGGUUGAGACCGUGGGCGACAAGUACAUGGCGGUGAGCGGCCUGCCGGAGCCCUGUGAUGAGCACGCGCGGUGCAUCGCUCGCCUCGCCCUCGACAUGAUGGACUUGGCCGGUGACGUCAAGCUGGAUGGAGAGCCCGUGGUGUGGUUCCUGUCGCGCGCGGAGGAGCUGAUCGUGUGAGACGCGGCGGGGGCGGG